AUGGGUAUUGACAUAAUUAUUGACUGCAAAACUAAAGAUUAUGCUGUAAUUGAUGUUAAUUAUUUUCCUGGUUAUAACGCAUUAAAUAAUGUCAAUGAGCAACUUCUUAAUAUGUGUCUUAAACUAUUUGAACUUCAAAUUGAGAAGAACACCCUUAAACAAAAUGAUUUAAAUGUAUCAAUGGUAAUAUUCUAUAAAUCAUCUGAAUUUCUUGUUACUAGUAGCGAAAAUCCAUGA